UGCUAUAACAAAAUCCUUUCUGCUCGCAGGUGAUGUUGGGAACUACUAUUAUGGCCAAGGACAUCCAAUGAAACCCCACAGGAUCCGUAUGACCCACAACCUACUGCUGAACUAUGGCCUCUACAGAAAGAUGGAGAUAUAUCGCCCUCACAAGGCAAACGCAGAAGAAAUGACCAAGUACCACAGUGAUGACUACAUAAAAUUUCUGAGAUCUAUUCGCCCAGAUAACAUGUCGGAGUACAGCAAGCAGAUGCAAAGAUUUAAUGUCGGGGAAGACUGCCCGGUGUUUGAUGGGUUGUUUGAGUUCUGUCAGCUCUCUGCUGGAGGCUCAGUUGCCAGUGCUGUGAAGCUGAACAAGCAACAGACGGAUAUUGCUGUGAAUUGGGCAGGAGGCCUUCACCACGCCAAGAAGUCAGAGGCUUCUGGCUUCUGUUAUGUCAACGAUAUUGUCUUGGCUAUCUUGGAGCUCCUAAAGUAUCACCAGAGAGUGCUGUAUAUUGACAUUGAUAUUCACCAUGGAGAUGGUGUGGAGGAAGCCUUUUAUACCACAGAUCGUGUCAUGACCGUGUCCUUUCAUAAGUAUGGAGAAUACUUCCCAGGAACAGGGGACCUACGGGAUAUUGGUGCAGGCAAAGGCAAGUACUACGCUGUCAACUAUCCCCUCCGGGAUGGAAUUGAUGACGAGUCCUACGAAGCAAUAUUCAAGCCAGUGAUAUCUAAAGUGAUGGAGACGUUCCAGCCUAGCGCAGUUGUCUUGCAGUGUGGGUCGGAUUCUCUGUCAGGGGACAGGCUGGGUUGUUUUAAUCUGACCAUCAAAGGUCAUGCCAAGUGUGUGGAGUUUGUAAAAAGUUUUAAUUUGCCUAUGCUGAUGCUGGGAGGAGGUGGCUAUACGAUCCGCAAUGUGGCUAGAUGCUGGACCUAUGAGACUGCUGUGGCUUUGGACACUGAAAUUCCCAAUGAACUUCCGUAUAAUGACUAUUUUGAGUACUUUGGACCAGACUUCAAGCUCCACAUCAGUCCCUCGAACAUGACUAACCAGAAUACCAAUGAGUAUCUCGAGAAGAUCAAGCAACGUCUCUUUGAAAAUCUACGCAUGCUGCCUCAUGCCCCUGGCGUCCAGAUGCAGCCGAUUCCUGAAGAUGCUGUUCAGGAAGACAGUGGAGACGAAGAGGAAGAAGAUCCUGAGAAACGCAUUUCAAUCCGCAAUUCUGAUAAGAGAAUAUCCUGUGAUGAGGAAUUCUCUGACUCUGAAGACGAAGGGGAAGGAGGGCGCAAAAACGUUGCCAACUUCAAGAAAGCUAAGCGUGUGAAAACAGAAGAGGAAAAGGAGGAAGAGGAGAAGAAAGAUGAGAAAGAAGAGGAAAAAGCAAAAGAGGAGAAAGCAGAACCCAAAGGGGUGAAGGAAGAGACAAAAUCCACCUAAGAUGGCUGCAGCUGGACAGCACCUGUCAGUGUGUAGUUGUCGUAGGGGGAUUCCUCUGUCCAUAAGAGGAUCUGUACCUCCCACGGAGCGCUGCUGAUGGUUUCAACUCUAAUAAUGCUGCUAACUUAACACAGGUUAUUUUUUAAAUGUUUUAUUUUUUUAAAUACUUCUU